GUCAUCAUCGUCUCAACAUACAUUGAAAAUAUCAACUGCUAAUGAAUUGAGAUUUCGAAACAGAAAACAUAAAAGACAUAGGAGGAAGUGUUACCAAACUAUCAAUAACAGUAGGGAGUUUGGUGACUUAACUUAUAUUUUGUGAGCAUUGCAGGAAUGUUUGAUGGGUUUCCUCAAGAACAAGACCAUACUUUAUGUCACCCACCAAGUUGAAUUUCUUCCGGCUGCUGAUCUCAUUCUGGUCAUGGAAAAUGGCAGAAUAGCACAAGCCGGCACCUUUGAAGACCUUCUAAAGCAUAACAUUGGAUUUGAAGUUCUAGUUGGAGCUCACAACCAAGCUCUAGAGUCAAUCUUGACGGCAGAGAACUCGAGCAGACCAUCAGAAAAUUUGGUCACAAACUGUGAUUUUGACACUGAUAGUAAUAUAGAUUCAGAAUUCCCAUACAUUAAGCAAGAUUCAGAACAUAACCUCAGCGUUGAGAUAACAGAGAAUGAUGGAAAACUCGUGCAUGAUGAAGAAAGAGAAAAAGGAAGCAUUGGGAAAGAAGUUUAUUUGGCUUACUUGACUCUUGUAAAACGUGGUGCUUUUGUUCCCAUAAUCAUUCUAGCCCAAUUGUCUUUCCAAGUUCUGCAGGUGGCUAGCAACUAUUGGAUGGCGUGGGCUUGUCCUAGGGGCAAUGAAGAGCCAUUAACCUCAAAGAUGAAGUUCAUAUUACUUAUAUAUAUACUUCUUUCAGUCGGAAGUGCACUUUGUGUGCUACUCCGAGCCACAUUAUUGGCUACGACAGGGCUUCAGACUGCAGAAAAAGUGUUUAGAAACAUGUUGCACAGCAUUCUUCGUGCACCUAUGGCAUUCUUUGAUUCUACUCCCACUGGAAGAAUUUUGAAUCGGGCAUCUACAGACCAAAGUGUGCUUGAUUUGGAGAUGGCAGGCAAGUUAGGGUGGUGUGCUUUUUCAGUGAUUCAGCUUCUUGGCACAGUUGCAGUCAUGUCACAGGCAGCAUGGGAAGUGUUUGUCAUCUUCAUCCCUGUAACGGCAAUCUGUGUCUGGUACCAGCAAUACUACAUACCAACUGCAAGAGAAUUGGCUCGUUUAGCAGGAAUAGAAAGAGCUCCUAUUCUUCACCACUUUGCAGAAUCACUCUCAGGAGCAGCAACAAUUCGUGCAUUCGGCCAAAAUAAACGUUUUUUUGAUGCUAACCUGUGUCUCAUCGACAACCAUUCAAGGCCAUGGUUUCACAAUGUGUCAGCUAUGGAAUGGCUUUCUUUCAGACUGAAUCAGCUUUCUAAUUUUGUCUUUGCUUUCUCUCUGGUUUUGCUCGUUACACUUCCUGAAGGAUUCAUAGACCCAAGCAUUGCAGGACUGGCAGUAACAUAUGGCAUAAACUUGAAUGUGUUGCAAGCGACAGUUAUAUGGAACAUUUGCAAUGCAGAAAAUAAAAUGAUAUCAGUAGAAAGGAUUCUACAGUACUCUAAUCUAGCCAGUGAGGCGCCUAUGAUAAUUGAAGAUUGCAGACCUCCGGACAACUGGCCAGAAACUGGAUCAAUUUUAUUCAAGAAUUUGCAGAUACGCUAUGCCGAACAUCUCCCUUCUGUGUUGAAGCACAUUACCUGCAACUUUCCAGGGAGAAAGAAAAUUGGUGUUGUUGGAAGGACUGGAAGUGGAAAAUCAACCCUGAUUCAGGCCAUUUUUAGGAUUGUUGAGCCCAGAGAGGGAAGCAUUAUCAUUGAUGAUGUGGAUAUAUGCAAGAUAGGCCUUCACGACUUGAGAUCAAGACUUAGCAUUAUUCCCCAAGAUCCGACACUUUUUGAGGGAACCGUUAGAGGAAACCUAGAUCCCAUAGAAAAAUAUUCCGAUACUCAAAUCUGGGAGGCUCUGGACAAAUGUCAACUUGGUGAUAUCAUUCGGGCAAAGACUGAUAAGCUGGAAUCUACAGUGGUUGAAAAUGGAGAGAAUUGGAGUGUGGGACAAAGGCAACUUCUCUGUCUAGGAAGAGCCUUGUUGAAGAAGAGCAGCAUCCUAGUUCUGGAUGAAGCAACGGCAUCGGUUGAUGCUGCAACCGAUGCAUUGAUCCAGAAUGUUAUCAGUCAAGAGUUCAGAGAUCAGACAGUGGUCACUAUAGCCCACAGGAUCCACACGGUCAUCGAUAGUGACCUUGUCCUGGUCCUAAGUGAAGGUAGAGUAGCAGAGUUUGACUCACCAGCAAAGCUAUUGGAAAGGGAAGACUCUUUCUUCUCAAAGCUGAUAAAGGAGUACUCCGUAAGAUCGAAAACUUUAACAACUCAGCCAUGUUAGGAAGUUCGAUUCGACUUUGCAUCAAAUAAAGUAGUGUACAUUGUUGUGCUGCUGUGUGACCUCGAGGUCACGAGUUCAAUUUCUUGGAGAAUGUAUAUCCUUUAAUAUCAACUCAACAAUCCAAAUAUUUUGUGUCCAUAACAUUCAAACACUAUGAACCAAUUGAUGCCCUUAUAAGUUCAGUGGCAUUGAAUCUGAACAACAUUGAGCCCUCAAGCACAAAUGCAGGAUGGGUGGCCAAAUUAGUAUUCCAAUUUUACAAAUUCAACUUUCUUUUUUUAGAUAUAAUUCUCCGAGAGGAUAUUAUUCUAAUUACGUAAUGGUUUGUUUCACAUCAUCUCCUUUUCUUCAACAUGGAAUUCAAACACAUCUGAAUUCAACAAAGGAACAGUAAAUAAAACGGGAUGAAACUGCAUUUUGAGCAAGGGUAAAUAUACCUUCCUCUGUAAUAAUCCGGAUAGUCCUUGAUCAUUUUCCACGGCUGAAAUCACUGUCGGAAGGAAACGCCGGCGAGUUCCUUCUCUUUGCCGGUAGAGGAGAUCUCUGUACAUGGGUUGGGCUUUUAGCUUAAUUAACUUCCAACUCCUUU